AAUUCAUGAAAAAAGUGUCCCUAGAUACGGCGCAUGCCAGAGUAAACAGUAGUGCUCUGUGUGUGGUGCAAGAAGUAUUGACGCAUUGAAAUAUGGUGUCAGGUGAAGCCUGCCUGUAGGGUGACUGUAGUGUGUGUCGUUGUGGGUGUGUGCUAGCCAGCCCGAGAUAUUCACUUAAUUCUUACGCUGUGUACAUAAUAACAACGCAGCUAUUGAUCACAGGAAUCAGUGAGCUCCAUCUAUCAGUGCAAUUAGGUCUUCAACAGUAAAUCACACAUGGCUGGCAGGAAGACAAUCAGACCGCCUUCAGCUUCAUGAGGCUGUAAUAUUCACACUGAGCUACAUCCAUGUAUAUAGCUAGGCGAGCUGCAAUAGUUGUCAAUAUAUUGGGGUGCUGCAGCCUUUCUGUAUGGCUGUGGUCGUGGCUGGGGUAUUGGAGUUUUCUGCCGUACUCAAGAAUAUCUAUUUGCCAGUGCUAACCUUAAUGGGGUGAUUCAGGGAAUGUGAAGAUGCCUGGACCCUUAGCUGAGAACAAAUGGCAAACAUUAUCGUGGACAUUUGGGAGUUGUUGCCAUCCUGGUAGUAAUGGCCUCUGCACAGAGAAUGCCUGUUCAAAUAUGUCAGAACAACGAUGUUACCUAUCCUGGCCUUGGUGAUUUGGGAGACAUCGGGGAGGUCGUCCAUAAUGGUACCUCCUGGCCUGAUGGUGAAUAUCGAUCUGCACCUUGCCUCACACGCUUCACUGUCCGUCAAAACUGCGGAGUCAACCUAACCCUCAAGCAGAACAACCUCCGUGGAUGCCACUCAUCUUACAUGACUGAGAUCAUUGCUGCAAAGUCCAAAGAAAUGUGAUUCAAGGUGCACAUACCUGUUUGCUUUAUGAUCCUAAUUAUCAUAACACCACAAUCAAGUACUUCUUUGGUGGUGAUACCUGGGGCUACAUGGCAGCGUCAAAGCGUACAGUGGUAGGCUAUUGUAUGAGUGUCUAUGAUCAAUCCGUAGAGAAGGUGAACUUCCGAAUGACUUAUCAUGUGAAAGUGAAGGAAAUGACCUUUGUGGGGUCAUCCCAGGACACUGCAUCUCCAGGAACGAUAAGGUCUGUGAACUUCCCAGAAGGUUAUGUGACCGACGAUGACACAUACACAUACAUGAUUCAGAGCCGUAACCAAGACGACUACAUCCGAUUGACCUUUGAUGACUGGGAUCUGGACCCACUCAGUAUUAUAGAGUUUGAACGAGCCAACAUAGAACGUGUUCACGGCACCGAUGAUCGCCCCAUUGUCACCUCUACACGAAACUGGAUUCGUUUUAAAUUUUCAACUGGAAACAAAUAUGGAUCACUAAUGAUUCGCUCAAUGGGGUUCAAGGUCACUUACAGCUUCACAUCAAAUCGUGUGGAGGAUGAGCCAUCCACAAAUUGUGGAGGCUAUAAGCUAGACAGUAGUGGUGGUGUGCUGCAGUUUUUGGGCCCUGACGUCACUUACCGCCCUGUUCCAUACGACUGUGUGUGGGUGAUCAAACGCCAGCCAGAGUUUGAAAAGCUCUACCUGAAGCUACUGGACUCCACGGUGUACAGAGGAUCAGAAUGGGCAGUUCCUAAUAAGUUUCAGUUGCAUGAUGGGUUGUCAUCAGAUGCAAAAUUUGUGCGAAGUUUUCCGCCGGAAAACACUGAUGUUGCUAAAACCGGUUUCAAGUCCGAGGUUGGAUUUUACGUUCGCCUAACUGGCAGUUUUUUCCAGGACGAUAAAUUCAGAAUGGCGUAUGCUUCAUAUGAUUCUCUACCCGCGGGUGUUGACCAGUGUACCUAUGGGAUGUUUACCUGUGGUAAUAAGCGGUGUAUUGACCGGUCACUGUCCUGUGACGGGGCUGACCACUGCGGGGACAACUCAGAUGAAUCUUCAUGUCCAUCCUCACCUGACUGGGGCUCUCAAAGCGGCAGCCCAUUCUCCCUUAGUAUCAGCAUCAUCAUCCCUAUUGUGGUCGCCAUGAUUCUUGUCAUCGUCAUCUGUCUUUUCGUCGUCUUUCUGCGCCGUUGUCAGCAGUUACAGCGUCGCCAGCCAACUCGCAAUUCCCAGGUGCCCUCUGUCAGUGGCCGCAUGGCCAGGGGAAGACGAACACGGCGAAGUCAGAUUCGGGUUACAAUACAACAAGAAUAUGAGGAUGCUCCCCCUACCUACGAGGAAGCCAUUGGUACACCCUCAAACCUGGGAUACUACAACAUGGCAUUCAUGUGGUCACAGCCAGACAUUGUAACAGGGUUGAUGUCCCCACCUCCAUAUACGGAUGUAAUAGGGGCGACUAAUGAGGAAAAUGGAGAUUCUCCAAGUUACCCGAUUGAGAAUGACCCCAACAGGCAGCUGACUGCUCGAGACUCUCGUAGUGGCCGUGAGAGACGAGACACACACGGAGACACAGAUAGACCGACUGGGGGACAGAGACCUCCUGGUCAACAGCCCGGUGACCUUCACAUCGUCCUGCGUAGAAACAGCAAUACACCCUCUAGUGGCACAAAUAGUCUGGAGCACAACCAUUCCCUGGGGCGUCAGCCUCUCAGAGCCCCCGUCGAGGCAGUGUACGGAAGCACACUGCAACAGCGGAACAAACCUAAAGACACGGCCUCGCCUCAGAUCAGUGUGACUAAUGAUGGGCACAAGGACACACCCCAUCAAAGUAGCAUGUCAGUCCAGACCUCUGUGGAUGUGACGGAGGUCGGAGCAGCUGUAGAGCAUGUAGGUGAACAGUCAUGCAGAUCCACGUCUGCGGAGGCUGCUAAUUCGCCUCGUGCCCCGCCUGUGUCACAACCUCACACCACCGGCAGACACAGGGGGACCCAAGGCUCACAGGAAACAUGGUCGACACAGAAAUUCAGGGUCUCUCCCACAUCAGGAGGAGUCUAACCAUGUGAGGAGGUCAAACCCCAGGCCUUCCCAUCAUGCAGCAGCCAUUUUAUACCCUGAACCCGAGGCCACAGUGACACUAAGGCAGACCCCUGCGGCCUCAAUGGUGCCUCGCUUGUUAAGGCAAAGCUAUAGCCAGGCUGACAUUCCCACGUCCCGUGGAGUGGUCUGGACCUCCUGAUCCGAGGAGAGCAUCGUCUGCUGGCAGGCUGGUACCGGAUGAAGGGAGAAGUCCAGGUGGGCUACAGAGGGGGAAGGAGAGACAAGAAAGGUUCCAGCUAAGUCCUGUUCCUCAGGAAGACAGUGAACGCAAAGUCUGGUCCCAUCACAGAAUUCAGCAGCUGGUGCCGCAAAUUCUAUCUUAGCUAGGGAAGUUUCCGAGGCAACGGCUGAGGAUGUUGCUCAGGGAAGGAUACGUGCCUAGAACCACCAGUAGGGAAUGUUUUGAAAAUGGGGUUAGGGAAAAUAUUGAGGACAGAGAGGAGGAGGAAGAGUAUAGAAAGAGGCUCAGUCAGUCAUCACAACACCUCAGAUUGCUGCUCAGACGAAGUGCCAGUGAGGAGGAAGACAUGUAUGUGUAAUGAGGGUGAGGUGAAGAUCAGUGGCAGUGAGCUUAGCAGUCAGUUUCAUGACAGGAGCGCAUGGUGACAGUGAGGAAGUAGGAAGACAUAGCAGCGAGCAUCAGAACAGAAGCACAUGGUCUCAUUGAGGAUGUAUGAGGAUAAAAAAAUGAAUGUUAGUGGGGAAGCAGGAGGACAUAGCAGUGAGUGUCAGGAGCAGGGCACCAUGGUGUCAAUGAGGAUGUAUGGGGACAUGUAUUUUGUGAUGAGUGACUUUUGAACUUGUGCGCUAGUAUGAGUGGAAUGAGAAAUAACUGUUACUGACUACAGGUAUACUGUCGACUGAUGAUAAGGAGUGUUUGUAUUUGACUUGGACAAUCACAACCAGACCACCAGGGAAGAAUGAAGACAUAUAAAAUCAUAUGUGAGCCUGGACCACAGUAUUAUAACAUCUCAAUCUGGUGUCAGAAGUGGGAUGACAGUCAAUGCUUAAUGCCAGACAUUCAUUCAUCUAUACAUGGGAAAUUCUGUGUAGUAUGCACUGGUACAACUUCUGCAUUUAAAACUGAUUUUUGUUGUUACUCUGACGGUUACUUUUGGGAUGUGCUAUGACAUUUCACAGUUCUUUAUUGUUGUGUAUGUUAGCUUCAUUUUAAUUGGUCACUGAAUUUUAUAUGUACCAUUGAAAAAUUCAUUGUCAAAUUACAACCUUUUCGCUGUAUGAACUAUUGCUUGAAUUCAGUCGGUGGUGUGCAAUGAAGACAAGAAUGAAAAAAAAAUUUAUACAACAUGUGUUUCUGCUUAGUCGUUUUUUUACAAUAUAUGAUUAUGCAAGUCAAGAAUGGAUAAUAUACUUACACGGGAAAAGAGGGGAUUAGUCUGCACUAUCUACUACUUUAGAAUUAAACCAGAAUUCUGAAGGUAUUUUUGAUACAUAUUGCUUUUAUGCUGAUGGAUGUAUAAUGAUUGCCAAGCAGCUCACUAAAAGGGUCAUUUUGAAUGCCUUUAUACUAAAUGGUCACCAAGACCUAUGAAACGUGAAACCAUUAUUUUGGCUUCAUCUGUAAUCGUGCUCAUUUUAUAGUACGUUGUUGUUGUUAUUUUGUGGAAGUUGACAGCUUGAGACUGUCUUUUUAGACUGGAUUUUCAGUCUUGUAUGUAUAUAAAUGUAAAGAUGUAUAUAUUCAGAUUGAUGAAUGAUUAAAUUAUAAUACUUUUUAUACAUAUAUGAAUGGCUAUUAAUGAGAUUUGUACUGCUGGUUUUGGUGAUGAUGAUGAUGAUAUAGUACAUGUAUAUCUUGUUUGGAUGAAGAUGACCCUCUCAGCCCUAUGAAGAGACCUGGUGAACAACCGCGUAAUGUGCUACAGUUAUCAGAUAAUUAGUUUACAGGAAAAGAAGUCAACCAAAUCUGAAUAUUUAUUUCCCACAUUCUUAUGUUUUGUUUGGCUUGAAAUGAUUCCAGUGGUUUGCAAUAUGAUCAGAAUCACUCAAAAAAAAAAAAAUAAUAAUAAAUGAAUGAAAU